AAAAGGGCAAUAAAGAGACCACAAGAACAAUAGAAACUUGAUUCCAACUAUCAUUCGGGUACUAAAGAAUGCCAAAGAAAAUAAACAUGAAAAUAAUAGUCUCCAUCUUCGUUCUAGCCUCACUUCUUCUAAUCACUUCAUCUCUUGCUUCGGCUACUAUCUCAGAUGCUUUUGGUAGUGGCGCGGUAGCUCCGGCGCAGGAGAUCAAAUAUGGACCGGCGUUAGAGAAAUGGUGUGGACAGAAGUGUGAAGGGAGAUGCGAAGCAGCGGGGAUGAAAGAUCGGUGUUUGAAGUAUUGUGCGAUAUGUUGCAAAGACUGUCAGUGUGUUCCUUCAGGCACUUAUGGGAACAAGCAUGAAUGUGCUUGCUACCGUGACAAGCUCAGUAGCAAAGGCACUCCCAAAUGUCCUUGAUUCUACUUCUUUCCAGCCAAAUCUUUAAAUAAAUAAAUAAGAGAGAUCCAGUGAACUAAUUAAUAUAAAUGAAUAUUUUGC